CAGUCUUUUUUUAGAUCUCAGCAAAUCGAACAAAGAAGAAAGAAACCUCUCUCUCUCUCUCUCUCACACACAGAGAUCAACAAUGGGAUCUCUACCACCGACACACCUCGACUUCUCCUCCGCAAACCACCAAGACAUCUCCAAAGACAACCUCGUAAGCCUCUUCAAAUCCCAGCAAGACCUCCUCAACCACUUCUUCAAACACCUCGACCUAUCCCAAACCCUCUCCUUCUCCCGCCUCCUCCUCUCCGCCUCCGGCACCGUCUUCUUCACCGGCGUCGGCAAAUCCGCCUUCGUCGCCAACAAGGUCUCCCAGACCCUCGUCUCCCUCUCCUUCCGCUCCUCCUUCCUCUCCCCCCUCGACGCCCUCCACGGCGACAUCGGCGCCCUCUCCCCCCGCGACAUCCUCGUCCUCUUCAGCAAAUCCGGCGCCACCGAGGAGCUCCUCCGCCUCGUCCCCUGCGCGAAGGCCAGAGGCGCCUUCUUGGUGUCUCUCACCUCCGUCCCCGGGAACCCCCUGGCCGGAGUCUGCGAUAUGAAUGUGCAUUUGCCGCUGGAGAGGGAGCUGUGUCCGUUUAACCUCGCUCCGGUGACGUCCACGGCGAUUCAGAUGGUGUUUGGGGAUACCAUCGCGGUUGCUCUCAUGGCGGCUAGGAAUCUGACCAAGGAGGAGUAUGGUGCUAAUCAUCCCGCCGGUAGGAUCGGCAAGAGUUUGAUCUUCAAGGUUAAAGAUGUUAUGAAGAAGAAAGAUGAGCUUCCGGUUUGUAAAGAAGGAGACUUGAUCAUGGAUCAGUUGGUUGAGCUGACCAGCAAAGGAUGUGGUUGUUUGCUUGUGGUUGAUGAGGGUCAUCGCUUGAUCGGUACGUUCACUGAUGGAGAUCUUCGCCGGACUCUUAAAGCAAGUGGUGAAGCUAUCUUCAAACUCACUGUUGGAGAAAUGUGCAACAGGAAGCCGAGGACAAUUGGACCUGAAACAAUGGCGGUUGAAGCUAUGAAGAAAAUGGAGUCACCGCCAUCGCCUGUACAGUUUCUACCGGUGGUCAAUGAAGACAACACUUUGAUUGGAAUUGUUACAUUGCAUGGUUUGGUUUCAGCUGGUCUCUGAGCAAGAAGCUGGCUCUUUGUCCGAUUUGAUUUACACACAUAAAGUUUAUUCUUUUACGAAAUCCGGGUUCAGAAUAUUAAUUUUUAUUGUUCAUAAUAUUCACAUUUAGUGAAUUUGUAUUGCGUCUAGUAUUCAUCCAUGUAUUGUACUUUUAAACAAAGCUCUCGUUUCUACUCUUGCUUUCA